UUUGGCUUCCUGCCUCGGCUCCAAAACCCUCCCGGCGUCCUUUGCGCUCUUGGUCCCGCCCUUUUUCAACCCAAGAUGGCGGCGCCCAGGAAAAAGGAGUGAAUGAUUAUCGGUAAGGUACCCCUGCAGCUUGAAUCGAAGUCAUGUCGAAGAUCUCUCGUGCCGCCAAAACCGUACAAAAGGUGGACCCAGGAAAUGUCAUCCGGACCAUCAUCCGGGCAGGACAAGCCGUUCCGGGACCACCUUUGGGGCCUGUCCUUGGCCAGAGAGGCAUCGCCAUUGGACAGUUCUGCAAGGAUUUCAAUGAAAGGACCAAGGAUAUCAAGGAAGGGAUCCCGCUGCCCACACGCGUCACGGUUCGGCCUGACCGAUCCUACGACAUCCAAAUAAACAAGCCAACGUCCAGCUAUUUCCUGCUAUCAGCGGCUGGAAUAGAAAAAGGAGCUACAAACCCUGGGCACGAAGUGGCCGGGAUGGUGACCCUGAAGCACCUCUACGAAAUCGCCCUGGUGAAGUCUCAGGACCAGGCUUUCGUCCUGCGCGACAUGCCUCUCGAGAAGGUCGUCAAGAUGCUCAUCGGGACCGCCAGGUCCAUGGGCAUCAAAGUGGUGAAGGAUCUUGACGCAGAGGAAUACGGUGUUUUCCUGAAGCAGCGCGAGGAAGUCUUGGCAGCCGAGGCCGAAGCGAGAGCGGCUGAGCUGGCGGCCGCUGGGAAGAAGAAAUGAGUCCCUCGGCUUCACGUUCUACAAUCUGGACCCUUGGAAAGCGCAUCAGGAAAUGCAGUCUCCUUGCUUUGCUUUGCUGCAGAAGAAGGAAGGAGUUGCACAAAGGGAGAAUGUCUGAAAUGCUAGCUCUCACGUGAGGUUAUGGCUCGUCCGCCCCUUUUAAUUAAAACCACCUUGUUGUAAUUA